AGUACGUCGGAUCCGGUCUCGGAGAAGAACUCAGUUAUGUCUGGACGCGGGAAACAAGGAGGCAAAGCUCGGGCUAAGGCCAAGUCUCGCUCUUCGCGGGCCGGCCUGCAGUUCCCCGUCGGCCGCGUGCACCGCCUGCUUCGGAAAGGCAACUACGCCGAGAGAGUCGGUGCCGGGGCUCCGGUUUACAUGGCUGCCGUGCUCGAAUAUCUGACCGCCGAGAUCCUGGAGCUGGCGGGCAACGCGGCCCGAGACAACAAGAAGACGCGCAUCAUCCCUCGUCACCUGCAGCUCGCCAUUCGCAAUGACGAGGAGCUGAACAAACUCCUGGGCAAAGUGACCAUCGCGCAGGGCGGAGUCUUGCCAAACAUCCAGGCUGUGCUGUUGCCCAAGAAGACCGAAAGCCACAAGGCGAAAAACAAGUAAAGGCUCCCAACUUUUCGAGCAGCCUAAAAACCAAACGGCUCUUUUAAGAGCCACCCACAGUGUCAAAAGAGGAGCUGUGAUUCUGGUUUGCUAAAAUCGAGCAAGUACAAAUAAGCAAG